AUGGAUGUUCGUCGGAGACAAGCCAAGAUACCCCAGUCGGUCAAAAUUGCCGCCGGCGAAACACCCAUGAAACCUCACAACCCCAAAGCCUCCGAUGCCCUUCCUCUACCUCUUUAUCUCACCAACGGGCUCUUCUUCACCAUGUUUUUCUCCGUCAUGUACUUCCUCCUCAUACGGUGGCGUGAAAAGAUCCGAUUUUUCGGCAUAGACUUUGUUCAGUCCGUCAUUUACGGAUCAAACGAGGAUGCAUGGGAUGUGGAAGAGGAAGAGGAAGAAAAUGAGAAAUUCAUUAUCGAGGAAGACAGUCGCAUGGGGGCAUCCCCCGCCACUACUCUCGGUUGUGCCGUUCCGCUUGUCCCUAUGAUCCCACAGCAACCCACCAAGGUUCCGGUGACUGAAAAACCUGGACCUCUAAUCACACCACUAUCGACAGAGGAGGAUGAACAGAUUGUAAACUCUGUAGUGGAAGGGAAGGUUCCAUCAUACUCUUUGGAAUCAAAGCUUGGAGACUGCAAAAGGGCAGCUUCAAUUCGUAGAGAGGCAUUGCAGAGAAUUACUGGGAAAUCAUUGGAGGGACUGCCUCUUGAGGGAUUCGACUACGAGUCGAUUCUCGGGCAGUGCUGUGAGAUGCCAGUGGGGUACGUGCAGAUUCCGGUGGGGAUAGCUGGGCCUUUAUUGCUUAACGGUACGGAGUUCAUGGUGCCAAUGGCCACGACGGAGGGCUGUUUGGUGGCUAGCACCAAUAGGGGCUGCAAGGCCAUCUAUGCAUCAGGCGGCGCCACCGGCACUUUGUUGAAAGAUGGGAUGACUAGAGCUCCGGUGGUGAGGUUCGAAACUGCCAAGAGGGCCGCCGAGUUGAAGUUGUACUUGGAGAAUCAGGGGAAUUAUGAGACUCUCUCUGCUGUCUUCAACAAAUCAAGCAGAUUUGCUAAGCUACAACGGAUUCAAUGUGCAAUAGCAGGGAAGAACCUGUACAUUAGAUUUAACUGCAGCACUGGUGAUGCAAUGGGGAUGAACAUGGUAUCCAAGGGAGUGCAAAAUGUUCUUGAUUAUCUUGGGAAUGAUUUUCCGGAUAUGGAUGUUAUUGGCAUAUCUGGAAACUUUUGCUCGGACAAAAAACCAGCAGCAGUGAACUGGAUUGAAGGGCGUGGCAAGUCUGUCGUUUGCGAGGCAAUUAUAAAGGAAGAGAUUGUAACGAAGGUUUUGAAGACCAAUGUUGCUGCAUUAGUAGAGCUCAAUAUGCUUAAAAACCUUACUGGUUCAGCAAUUGCUGGAGCCCUUGGUGGGUUCAAUGCACAUGCUAGCAACAUUGUAUCUGCAGUAUACAUAGCAACCGGCCAGGAUCCAGCACAAAACAUCGAGAGCUCUCACUGCAUCACGAUGAUGGAGGCGGUAAAUAAUGGAAAAGACCUUCAUAUUUCAGUCACCAUGCCUUCCAUUGAGGUGGGCACAGUUGGAGGUGGAACUCAACUUUCAUCUCAAUCAGCUUGCUUGAACUUAUUAGGAGUAAAGGGUGCAAGCAAAGAGUCAGCAGGGGCAAACGCAAGGCUAUUGGCAACAGUUGUAGCUGGUUCUGUUCUUGCUGGGGAACUGUCCUUAAUGUCUGCUAUUGCAGCUGGACAACUUGUAAAGAGUCACAUGAAAUACAACAGAUCAAGCAAGGAUAUUACCAAGAUUUCCUCCUAA